CAGUUUUCCACAGUGUCGUCGUCGUGGCCAACGUCAGUCAGUUGCUGGAAUCGAUGCUGAACUGAGCGUCGCACACACGGUUAAUUUAGAGGGUGUGUUAGACGAAGACAAAAAAAAGAAGUGAUUCAGAUUAGUUACCACCUAAUUAGUAAACCAAAGAAAUUCUUGUAACUGCAGACAACAUGCAGCAGCCAGGUGUUGUUAUCGUUGGAGCUCCCGCCGUCGGCCCCGAGUCCACCACAUUGGUUUGUCCAUCGUGUAGAGCGCAGAUAAGAACACGAGUCGAGCACAAUUCCACUACCAAGACGCAUAUUAUCGCCAUACUGCUGUUUGUUUUUUGUUGUUGGCCUUGCAUCUGUGUGCCGUACUGUUGCGAUUCCUGCAAAGACGCAAAUCACUACUGUCCGAAUUGCAGCGCUUUCAUCGGUAGCCAUAAGCAUUAAUUUUAACGACGGAAUCGGAGUAAAGUCGGAAGCCCUGUCAGUUUUACCAAUUUGUAUGUUUCCAGUAUGCGAACCAAAACGCACAAUAAAUUCCAGAAACGAUGUAUUUAUCAAUAAGAAUUUGUAAAAGAACAAAUAUGCGGAAUAUACACUAGAUUGACAACCAA